AUGCCGGCGCUGGGGCGACUCCACCUCUCGAGGGUGCUCGGCGCGCCCGCGGCCCUCCUCCUGGGGCUGCUGCUGGCCCUGCCUCUAGCCACGCAGGGGCUCUCCUCGGCGGGGACGGCUCGCCGCCCUCCUCACAAGCAGCCGGCCCUCCUGAAGCCCGCGGCUCACCUUGUUGGCUACCCCGGCCAGCAGAGCUCCCUGCUCUGGAGGGCGACCACGGACCGCGCCUUCCUGCGCCACGGCUUCUCCCUGAGCAACAACUCGCUGCUGGUGCCCGCGGGCGGCCUGUACUUCGUGUACUCGCAGGUGCUCUUCCGGGGAGCCGGCCGCCCGCCCCGGGCCGCGCCCGUCUACCUGGCCCACGAGGUGCGGCUGCUCUCGUCGCAGUACCCCUCGCACGUGCCGCUCCUCAGCGCGCAGAAGUCGGUGCCCCCGGGACUGCGGGGGCCCUGGGUGCGCUCGCUCUACCAGGGCGCCGUGUUCCUGCUCAGCAGGGGCGACCGGCUCUCCACGCGCACCGACGGCGCCGCCCGCCUGCACUUCAGCCCCAGCAGCGUGUUCUUCGGGGCCUUCGCCCUGUAG